AUGACUUAUGAACCAUACAUUUGUAAUUUAGAUCCAGAAAGUAAUAAAAUUCUGAAACUGUAUCUGUUUAAAAAUGUUCAAAAUGUGGAAGAAAUACGUAACAAUGUAACAAACGGUAAAUGGAAGUGCGCUGUGAUUAAGCCAAGUUUGAUAUUAGAUACUUUUCAAGUUGCUGUUGCAGCAAACAGAGCAGUAUUAGCAGAAAAAUCACAAAGUAUGGUUACUCGGACUGUCUUCUCAGAGAUUUUGUACAAUCUGUCAUUAUCAAAGAACAUUACUCAGAGCUUGAGUAAAUUCGGUAUUGAAAAGGAUCAAAACUUGCUAGUUUGUUUCUUAGAUACCGCUGAUAGCAAUGAAAGUGAGAUCAUUGUUAAGAAAAUUGAUGGUGAAAUGUGUUCAGUUAGUGAAUUAGAAAAGUUUACAAAUAUUAAAGACUUGAAAAGUGUUUAUAAAUUAAACAAUGUGAAAUUUGAUGUGGAUUUACUUGAUAUUAUUGUGAGUAGAAUGGUCACGAAGAAUUUUGUUGGAUAUUAA